AGAUCGCACUUCGGGCUGUGGAUAUCGCAUUCUUUCGACGGAACGCCUUCGUCUCUUGGACCUUAUUCCUUCCACAUGUGAUCGAUCCUAUGGUUCAUCACUUCAGCAUAUACGCCGCCUUGCCAUAUUAGAUCUUUAUUGUCUCUCCCUUCCUUUCUUUGCACUUACUUUCUCCACUGCCCACCUUGCAUAAAGCGCGUUUGUUCGUCGUUGAAAGUUAGGAGCAGCGGCGACAACUAUAGCACUUUGACUAGAGGAAACGUUAAUCCUUCACAAACUAAGGUCCAAAAAUCACUCAUGGCAUCCAAGAAUUCCCCUCCGGCAGAUGCCAUUGACACGAAAGAAAUCAGCACUAUCCAUGAUCCGGAGCAAGACACAAACUCGGAGCUCAAGCACAGCGUCGACAAAGUCCAUGGUAACGCGGCCAACGACCAAUCUGUCGAUACUAAUUUCCAAACGGGUGUGCAAAACGCUGAGGCCAUCACGAUUGCUUGGUCACCCAGAGCUCUGAUUGUGGCCUACGUCGUGAUCUGGUUUGUCUAUUUUGUCCAAGGCAUUGUAACUGGAGUUAGCGGCGCUUUACUUCCCUACGUCACAUCCGACUUCUCUGCUCACUCACUGAUCCCAACCACAGGUGUCUUGAGUCAGGUGAUUGGCGGCGUCACAAAUCUUUGCAUCGCCAAAAUUCUGGACAUCUUCGGUCGUCCUCAUGGAUUCCUACUCUGCGUGGCCCUUGCUACUAUCGGCCUCGUCAUGGCUGCUUCUUGCAACGGCGUGGAAGCAUAUGCUGCAUCCCAGGUCUUUUACACCGUCGGCAUCAAUGGCCUUGGAUACUGUCUCAGUGUCUUCAUUGCAGAUACGUCUUCGCUCCGCCAUCGAGGUCUCAUGCAAGCCCUGCUCAAUUCCCCAUACAUAAUCACAGCAUGGCUAGCGGGUCCCAUUUCCACAUCAUUCUUGGACGGGAGUGGCUGGCGCUGGGCCUUCGGAAUGGAGAGCAUUGUACUCCCUGGUGUCGCUCUCCCGCUCUUCGGGGUAUUCAUGUACCACUACAGGAAGGCCAAAAGAGAAGGCAUUGUUCCGGCGCGACCAAAGAGUAGACGCACAUUCUGGCAGUCAACCGUGCAUUACGUGCACGAGUUUGACCUUAUUGGACUACUGCUAAUAUCCGCUGGAUUUGCCUUCUUCCUCCUGCCAUUCAAUCUGUACACCAUGGAAGCGAAGGGUUGGGGAUCUGCCAUGAUCAUCUGUUUCCUCAUCUUCGGAGUCUUGUUCAUCGCUGCAUUUGUCGUCUGGGAGAAAUUCUUUGCUCGGGUCAGUCUCACUCCAUGGGCAAUCCUUCGAGAUCGCACAGUCCUUGGCACCUGCAUGGUGGGCUUCUCGCUCUUCGUGAGCACAGCGUGCUGGAACCAAUACUUCAGCUCAUACCUUCAAGUGGUGAAUGGCCUGGACGUGACCGAUGCAAGCUAUGUUGUACAAUCCGGCACAGUCGUACAAAUCAUUGCGAACAUUGUCACCGGUGUAGUCAUCUCAUUUACCGGACGCUACAAACCAAUCAGCGUAUUCCUCGCCUUCCCGCUGAUCGUCCUCGGAACAAGCUUGCUUAUAUAUUUCCGCGAACCCACCCGAUACUUAGGCUACAUCGCCAUGUGCAACAUCUUCAUCAACUUCGGCUUCGGCAUUCUCAUGCUUACAGUCGAAAUCGGUAUCUUAGCAGCCGCUGCCGCACAGCAAUACUUCGCCAUCACCAUUGCUUUGCUGAACCUGUUCACCUACAUUGGCAACGCCAUUGGCUUCACAAUUUCUUCCGCUAUUUGGCAAGGCACAUUGCCCCAGAAGCUGGCUUUGCACCUUCCUCCAGAGGACCAGGGAAAUCUCACCACGAUUUUCGGUUCCAUUGAAGAGCAGUUGGGCUAUGAGUGGGGCUCACCCACCCGUCUAGCCAUCCAACACGCAUAUGCGGAUACUUGGCGAUUUUUGUUGAUCACUAGCGUGUCGGUCUGGAUCGUGGGGUUGGUGUCCAUGCUUGUGUGGAAGAAUAUGAAUGUCAAGGGCGUCAAGCAGAACAAGGGCUAUGUUGUCUGAUUUGGGCAUUGGGUCUUACUUGUCUUCUUUCUCGUGCUGUGCUUGCUGUUGGAAGCCUUGUGAUCAGAGCUUAUAAAGACCAGCACAUUGUCAAGCGCUUUCAACAUGGUUGCGGGAAUUGGGGCGAGGCGAUGGCAUUAAGAAUAGGGCGAUCUCUGUAUUGGUAGAUGUGAUACAGUUAUGUACAUGCAGGCAGCUCUUCUACUCCGAGAGACUUCAAU